CUUUUGUACUAACAUCCGUUUCUUAACCACAGUAUUCUCAGACAGACUUACUUAUCUCUUACUACAGCUGCAAAGAGAAAGAGUAUGCUAGAAGAGAUCGAACGCGAGUUUGAAGCUGCUAUUGGGGGUCUCAAACAGAUUCAAGUGGAUGAUUCCAGAAACAUUGAAGAAGAAUCUGCUAAGAGAAAGGUAAUGUUGGAAGAGAUAGACCGUGAAUUUGAAGAAGCACACAGUGGUAUUAGUGCAAAUUAUGCUAAAGAAGAACGUAAGAAAAAAAAAAGGCAAGAAACUUUAACUAUUUCUGUUUCACUCACUGUCUCAGACAAUUUUGUAAUGCAGUUCUUGUUCUCACAGCUGCAAAGAAACAGAGUGGCUCUGUUUUGCCAGAGGUUCUUGGACUUGGACACUUAGGUGUUUGCGGCUGUUUUCAAAAAGACAAUGCUGGUUUGAAACAAGACGAAGAUACUUGGCUUGUUAUACCAACAAAAUAUAGCAUAGAAGAGAUCCUCUCUGAAGAAUCUGCAAUCAAGGGAACAGAGACUUCUAGUCUCACCGCGUUGUUGACUCAGCUCGUUGAGAAUCAAAGGAAAGAGAAGGAAUCUCCACUCGGACAUAGAGUUCUCACUUCUUCUUCCACAAGCGAAUCAUCUGCUACAUCAGAGACUGUAGAAACCCUAAGAGCUAACCUGAAAGAGCUUCGCGGCUUAACCGCUCAUGAGCUUGUGAUGCGUAAGGAUUUCGAUCAGAUUCUCAUUCAGAAACGUCAUUCAGCAAGUUUCGAAGAGCUAAGCUCAGCUCCGAUCAGUUACAUCUCUAAGUUAGCUAAAUACAGAAACGUCAUCAAAGAAGGACUUGAAGCUUCUGAGCGAGUUCACCUAGCGCAGGUACGAGCGACAGUGCUAAAAGAAGCUGCCACAGAGAAGCAAACUGAUACAUUUGAGGUCCAACACCCUCCUAUUCUUUACCGCUAUCAUAGGAAGAAGAAAAGCCCAAGUGGCUAGAGAAUUAGUAAGAAGGAUCCAGUAGUAGUAAUGGGCCUUGUGAGAGGGUCAAGUUGUCUUUAGUAAGGAAUAAAGGUCUCUAUCUGUCUGCUAAGUCUGUAACGGUCUGUGGGGUGGGGUAGGGAUAUGAGAGUAGUACUUAUGUAGUAGGUGAGGGGCCGAGGGAACUUUGUCGAGUCUUUGGUAAACAUUGUAAGGGGGAGGGGAGAGACUCCAAAAGAAUUCUCUCGGGUUGUUACCGUUGUCUUAUUCUGAAUAAAAAGAGUGCUUUCUUUGUUU